AUGUCUCUUUGGGCCCGUAUAAAUCAGCUUCCCAGCCGUAUUCUCGAGGAAGUUCGUUCCAUGUACACGGAUGACUUUCCAAUCGAAGUACGCCAUUACUUGGCGGAUUGGAUCGAAGAACAUCUGCUGAUUCGUCCUGUGCCCAUCGAUCAGCCCGGUGUAUGCGAAGAUUUCGUCACUAAGCUGAUCAACGAGGUGGAAAAAACGGCAUUCGAUCUGCCGGGCAACAUCACAGCGAAAACCAGAUUGAAUGAGGCAGCCUUCAACUUUCGUGUGCUGCGUUCGGUGAAUCCAUCCAAGCUGUUCUUCAAUAUAAUCUGCUGCCUAGAGCGUGAACAAGAAUAUGCCGCCUUGCCGGCCGGAUGUCGCCUGUGCGUCGGAAAUCCUGAGCUCCACAAAGUGUGCGCUGCGAUCAAAGAGCUGGAGGACAUGGCACGCCAAAUCGAGAAUGACAACAGUAACUUCAUGAAAAAACUUGGCUUACUACCAUCGGACAAACAUGCGUUGCAGUAUGUUCAUACGAAUCCGCAGGAGCUCGCUAUUCCGGCAAUACAUGGUUAUUUCAACGUAGUUGAAAUCCAACAUGUAACCAACGAGCAAACGCAAUCCUGUACGCGCAUGGAAUUGGCUCUAGUGGAUGGCUUCCGCAAUAUGAUCAAAUCCACGGGAGAUGUGCAAGCCAAAGUGUUGAAUGAGUACCUCGUUCAAUGGAAAACUAAUAAGCUCUUGCACCCAAAUGCAUGUCCCAACACAGAGUGCGAUCUCCGCGUCAUACAAGGUUGGUGCGAGUCCUUAGCAGAGAUCAUGUUGACCACUAAAAACCAAAUUGAACUUGCCCUUAUGAACGUGGCGAACCGACGCAUGGUGUAUAAUGUAUCAGAAAUGCUGUCCCAAGCGCUGAAUGAUGUAAAAGGCUUACUCAAAACGUUAAUCACUCAAACGUUUAUAAUUGAGAAACAACCACCUCAGGUGAUAGCCACCAGAACCAGUUUUGCCGCUAGUGCCUGCUUACUAGUAGGCAACGUACUCAACAUCAGAACAGUUAAUCCGCUGGUGAAAGUAUCGAUCAUUUCUGGCACGCAACUUCAGCGAGCGCUGCAAAGCGAUCAACCACCAGAGCAAUCAUGUGGUGAACUUGUGAGAAACAUUGAACAGUUCCAGUAUAACGUAGCAACGAAGAAAUUUUCGUUUGGACUAGUUUUGAGCCCAUCGUCGUAA